CAAAAAUAAAAAUAAAAAUACGAAGCCAUCGUCGUCGUCUUCCUCUGUUGACCUCUUCUAUCAAAAUGCGAGACCUUCUUCGCGCCUAUUUCUCUCGAAGAACUCUCGUAUCUCUUUACAAUCUCUUCUUUGCCAUCUCCCGUAAGCUUCUCACUUCAUUCCCUCUCUCUUUCCUCAUGCCCAAUUCCAAUGACGCCGUCGCAGAGUCUGAUGCCGUUCCGCUUCUCGAUCUGUCUAAGCCGUCGUUACCUAUAUCUUUCCCGAUCAAAACUCUUCAAGACCUGAAAUCUCGUUCUUACUUCGAUUCCUUUCACUUCCAGUUUAAUCGCUCCACCGUUCCUCUCCGGCGAAACUCCGAUGGCUUACAGAAUCGCCCAAGGGUUCUAGUCUGCCACGAUAUGAAAGGAGGGUAUGUAGAUGACAAGUGGGUACAAGGGUGUGAAAACGACGCCGGAUAUGCGAUUUGGCAUUGGUAUUUGAUGGACAUUUUCGUUUACUUCUCUCAUUCUCUGGUCACUCUUCCUCCUCCUUGCUGGACAAAUACUGCUCAUAGGCACGGUGUUAAAGUAUUGGGGACUUUCAUCACAGAAUGGAAUGAAGGAACAGCUACCUGCAAAGAGAUGCUUGCCACAAUGGAGUCUGCUCAGAUGUAUGCAGGACGUUUAGCAGAACUUGCUACUGCUCUAGGCUUUGAUGGGUGGCUGAUUAAUAUAGAGAACGAAAUUGAUGAAGAACAGAUCCCAAAUUUGAAGGAAUUCGUAAGCCAUCUUACAAAAGUCUUGCACAUAUCUACACCUGGGUCUUUAGUCAUAUGGUAUGACAGUGUCACUAUUCGUGGUAAUCUUCAAUGGCAAGAUCAAUUGACUGAGCUGAACAAACCUUUCUUUGACUUAUGUGAUGGAAUAUUCAUGAACUAUACAUGGAAGGAGAGCUACCCGGAACUAUCAGCUGAAGUUGCAGGGGACAGAAAAUUCGAUGUCUACAUGGGAAUUGAUGUCUUUGGUCGGGGCUCGUUUGGUGGUGGGCAAUGGACUGUAAAUGCUGCUCUUGAUUUGCUGAAGAGACACAAUCUGUCAGCUGCCAUGUUUGCUCCUGGAUGGGUAUAUGAGACUGCACAACCACCCAAUUUUCAUACGGCUCAGAAUAAAUGGUGGUCACUUGUCGAGAAGUCUUGGGGAAUAGUCCAAACCUAUCCACACGUCUUGCCUUUUUACUCAGAUUUCAAUCAGGGCUUUGGUUACCAUGUUUCACUCGAAGGUCGCCAACUGUCAGAUGCUCCAUGGUAUAACAUAUCUUGCCAAAGUCUUCAGCCUCUCCUAGAAUUCAGUGAAGACAACAAAGAUAUCAUCCAGGUCACUGUUGAUGCUCGAGAGGCAUCUUUUAACGGAGGAGGGAACAUUACUUUUAGAGGAAAACUCAAGGAAGAUGCGUAUUUCACAACAAGGCUAUUCAAACCUCAUAUUCAGCUUUCAUCUUCCCCUAUCACAGUAUCCUACUCUGUGAAAUCAGAUGAAACCUCUAAACUUGGAAUCCUGCUUUCUUUCUCAUCUCCAUCACAGGAGACUAAAUCCAUACUUGUGGCGCCACAAGAACCCAUCCGCAGAUUCGACAACAUGUUUUUACAAUGUCUCACCACAUCAGCGCAGACAGUAUCCGAGUGGACGGUACACGAGAUGGAUCUUGUCAUGGAUGGUCACACACUGACUGAAAUCUCUGCCUUUUGCUACAGACCAGAGAAUUCGACAAAGAGAUCAGAAUAUGUUGCAUUGCUCGGACACAUCUCAAUCAAAGAUCAUGUUCAGUACCAGCAGAAACCCGAGACUUUACUUCCAGCGUCGCCGUGGGUCAUCGAAGCUCAUAACAUAGAGCUUUUACCCAGUAAUUCUGGUUCCAAAAUCCUCAAGCUUAAGCUAGAAUGGAGACAGAAAGACCUUGAAGAUUCUGUAUUCCCAAGGUACAAUCUGUAUGCAGAGAAGGUGAAGUCGACUGAUGUAAGACCGAGGAAGGUUCUAGAGAAAGCGAGUAGCGAGACAGUGUUCCUAGGGGUGGCUCACGUACCAGCCUAUUACGUAGCGGAACUGGUGGUAGAAUCGGAAGUGAAAGGAGUCCGCUUCGUAUUCAAACCUGUGGUAAAGAUGAUGUUGCUCAAGGCCUCUCCCGCUCUCUCUCUAUUGAGCUCGAGCUCCGGCGGUGGUGGAGGAAAUCUGUUUCCUCUUCCGUCGAGAAAUUCGUCGAAUCUUCUGUUUACUUCUCGUGGAUCUACGUUUUCUGUUAAGGCGGCGAAAGGCACGAACACGAAGUCGUUAACCGGAGUUGUGUUUGAACCUUUUGAGGAAGUGAAAAAGGAAAUGGAUCUUGUUCCCACUACCCCUCUUGUUUCUCUCGCACGCCACAAGUUUGCCGAUGAUUCUGAAGCUGCGAUCAACGAUCAGAUCAACGUGGAGUACAACGUUUCCUAUAUCUACCAUGCCCUGUAUGCCUACUUCGACAGAGAUAAUGUCGGCUUGAAAGGUUUCGCCAAGUUCUUUAACGAUUCGAGUCUUGAAGAGCGAGGUCAUGCUGAGAUGUUUAUGGAGUAUCAGAACAAACGUGGUGGGAGAGUGAAGCUGCAGUCUAUUUUGAUGCCCAUCUCUGAGUUUGAUCACGAGGAGAAGGGGGAUGCAUUGUAUGCGAUGGAGCUUGCACUGUCUUUGGAAAAACUUACUAAUGAAAAGCUUCUGAAGUUACAAAGUGUUGGUGUGAAGAACAAUGACGUUCAGCUGGUUGAUUUUGUAGAAUCUGAGUUUCUAGGCGAGCAGGUAGAAGCCAUCAAGAAAAUCUCAGAGUACGUUGCACAGCUAAGAAGAAUGGGAAAGGGUCACGGAGUGUGGCAUUUUGAUCAAAUGCUUCUCCAUGAGGUUUAAGGAAGAAGAGCUGCAGCUUUUGAUGAUGAUUCUGAUUUGGUGACAACAAUCUUCCUUGUGCUAUACGGCACCGUUUCUCCUUUCUUUUCUUUGGUUUUGUGUAACCGAAUGCUUGCGAGUGUGUUUAAUACUGAAUAAUGUAAAUGACUCCCUAGUAUGAUGAUAAAUGAAAGUCCAGUGCUUUAAUGCGACUCUUUCCA